AACCACAUGGAGGGGGGGGGAAUUUUGAACAAAGCCUGAACUAAAAGCUUAAAACCAAAGGUAUGGAACAUGAGAAAAGGUGUCUCACUUUUCAGCUAACAAAGAAACCCAUAAUCAUGGAGGAUGGAAUGGGAUGUCUCUGCACCUUUCGGUUCUAGUCAAAGGCCAACUGGAUCAGUAAGCUUUGUCUAGUCGCUUCUAUCGGGAAAGUUUUGGGUCUGGAUCAGUGGUGGCCAAUGAUUUGGGUCUGGGCAUAGCUGAAAAUUGAAUAUGGGCUAGCUAAAUUGUCUAUUGAGCAUGGGUCUCAUGCAUUAGGCCCUAUAACUUUCACUCUGUCUCUUCUCUCUGUAGGAAUUCCUGUGUAGAAAGUAGAAAUCAUCGUCUCCUAAGAAGAUGCAAUCACCACGUCUCCACCUCUGCAAGAAUUAUUGUCUAGGUUUUCACUUUCACCAACCAAAUUCUCAAAACUUCUUCUCCUCCCUGUCUAUCUCUUCGAAAUUUCCUGAACCAAAGAUCUCUAAAAUAAGACUCAUAACCCAAAGCCAGAACAGACCUGGCAAUAGCCAGAACAAACCUGGCAAUAGCCAGAACAAGACGAGCCCAAAAGGGAAGGUGACAGUGAAGGGACAGAAAGAGAAUGUUUGGAGCAUUGAUCAUAAUAUGGCAAAAGCAGAGAAAGAGAAAGAGGGAGAAAGAACCAAGCAGAAGAGGAGGAAAGGAAAGAGAGUUGUUAAAGGUAGGAAGAGCAAGAUUGGUAGAGUUUUGGUGUCUGGGGCUAUGUUAAUGGAAGUUGAAACUGUUCUCCAAACUCAGGAGCCUGUAAUAAAACCUGCAUGGAAUACAUUUGCAAGUAGUGUCAGUGGGAUAUGGAAGGGGGUUGGAGCUGUAUUUUCACCUAUUACUGCUGAAAUGGAGCCAAUUGAAAUUGGAAACAGUAAUGAAAACCUAUAUGACUGCUACAUGCUGACUCGCGUUGAGGCAGUUCCACCUCUCACUGGAAAGACCUCUGAAAUCCAUAGAAUGAUAAAUUGGUUGACUCUGAAUCCACAUGGUGAAGUUCCAGAACAUAUUGGUUUCAGCAUUAGAAACAAAGAAGAGUCCGGAGUUGAGAAAGCAACUUUACCUCCGAAAGCAAAUGCCAAUGACAGUAGGGUCAAUAAUGUUUUGCCUAAAUUUGAGUCUUUUGACUUGGCAACUAGUGAUGUGAUGGAAGAAGAUGUCAUGGGUAAUGAACCUGGUCUUGUUUUCUUUGAGGAUGGAUCUUACUCCAGGGGGCCCCUUGAUAUUCCUGUUGGCGAAAUUGAUGAUUCUAAUAAUUACCUUUCUCCAACUUUUAAAUUUGAACAAAAGGAAGAUAGUUAUUCAGUUUGUUUUGUUGCACAGUGUUUGGUCAAAGGUUGCCACAAAAGACUCCGUAUUGUUCAUACAAUAGAGUUUGGUAAUGGGGGUUCCGAUGUACAAAUAAUGAGAGUUGCUACUUAUGAAGAAGAGUGGGUGAGUCCUGCAAAUCAUUAUGAUCAAAGUUUGAACAGUGACCGGGAUUUUGAUUUGAAGCCAUUUUCUCAACGGAAAAGAACCCAACCGUCAGAACUUGUAGGACCAUGGAAGGUGUUUGAAGUUAGUGCCACUCCAAUAUAUGGUGACGAGACGGUAGCUGCAGAAGGCAAUGGUGCACCUUAUGUGUACCUUUGCACAGAAACCUUAAAGAAGAGGAGCUCGCCUGAGAGCUCAGUGUACUUUAGAGAGGAAGAGAUGUUAGACAUGCAGGAUGUUACAGUGCUUUGGCUACCGGGCGGCGUGACUAGUUAUGUUGAUGUUAAUAAGGAUGGGAUUCUUACUAUUGGAGUUGGAUGGUACUCAGAUGAGGGAAUCAACCUUGUUAUGGAGCGAGAUUAUGGCAUAGAUGGGAAGCUUAAGGAGGUUAGAUGGAAAUCUGAGGUAAAGAGAAGGUGGCCUGAAGCCUGAUCCACUUUCUUUGUAAAUAUUUGCCCUUUCUUUUCUUUUCUUUUUUGUCUUAAUGCUAACUUAAAUAAAUGCUUUGUAUGGCAAACUCCAUAUCAGAAGGUAAAAUGAUAUACAGAAAGUAAUGUAAAAGUGCUCAAUUAAGUUUGGU